ACUGUUCCGUUAUGCAUAAACUAACAGAAACAGAAACACCCUUUUUUCUCACAACUGCGGCAACACACAGCAAAAACCCAACACAUUCAGCGUGAAGGCAAGCAGAAGAACCUUUAGGAGGGAAGACACUGUGCUCAUCAAAAGACAUAAAGUUCAUUUGUCCUUUCCAGCUUCUUGAGGAUGGCGGCGUGGGACCUGUCAGUCAUUGUGGAGGAAUUGGGCCUUGAUGCUCCACCUGUUAAAAUCAGUGUAACCUCUGACCUCCACAUAGGUGGGGUCAUUUUGAAAAUUGUAGAAAAAACACAGAUACAGCAGGACUGGUCAGAUCAUGCGCUGUGGUGGGAGCAGAAGCAGCAGUGGGUCCUGCGAACAUCCUGGACACUCGAUAAAUGUGGUAUCCAUGCAGAUGCCCGUCUGAUCUUCACACCCCAACACAAGCCUCUGCGGUUGGGUCUUCCCAACGGAGUCACCUUGCGGCUCCAUGCCUGUUUCUCCAGCACCGUGUUCCGCACUGUCCAGGAAAUCUGCAAGAUUUUGAAUAUCCGCCAUCCAGAGGAACUGUCUCUGCUAAGGCCAGUGGAGGAGAAAAAGAAAAAAAAGGACAAAGAUUCUGGGAAGGAGGAGUACGACCUUACAGACAUACCAUUGACCUCAGGUAUUUCAUGCAUUUGUGUAUCUGAAAAUCAUUAUUAUACUGUAACACUUACCAAAAUAUACAUCUUAUCUAAGCACUUAAAAAACCUUACUAUUCCUUCAGGGUCAGUUCCCGCUCUGUAUGAUGGCAUGCCGGCUCAUUUUGCCGACUCCCCUAAAACUGAGGCUGUUUAUAAGAUUCUGUCUGUGUGCCAGCCCUCUCCUGCUCCGGAGGCCAUCUCUAAACUCUACCGACCAGCCAGCAAGGUGGACAAAACACACAUCAACACCAGAUGGCUGGAUUCAUCACGCUCACUCAUGCAGCAGGGAGUUCAGGAGAAUGACAAGCUCUGGUUACGCUUCAAAUACUACACAUUUCAUGAUAUGCAACCUAAGUACGACGAGGUGCGUCUGACACAGCUGUAUGAGCAGGCACGCUGGGCGAUCCUGCUGGAGGACAACGAUUGCACUGAGGAAGAGAUGAUGCUGUUUGGAGCUCUGCAGUAUCACAUAGGCAAACUAUCAUUGUCUCAGAAUAUCAGCUCCAACCAAGGCAUGGAUGAUCUGGAAUCUGCCCUGAAAUCACUUGAGGUCAAGAUGGUUGGAGAUAGCAAUAUAAACCAACUGGAAAACAUGACGCCUCCAGAACUGCAUGACUAUUUGAAAAUUUUUCGGCCCAGAAGACUAACUCUGAGGGACUACAAACAAUACUGGUUCAAGUUUCAGGACACUUCUAUCUUCUACUACAAGAGCCAAGAAGAAAGCUAUGGAGAGCCAAUUCAGCAAAUGAAUCUCAAAGGCUCUGAAGUGUCUCCUGAUGUGAACAUAGCAGGACAGAAGUUUUGUAUCAAACUCCUCAUCCCAGUUCCAGAGGGCAUGAUGGAGGUGUAUCUGCGAUGUGAGAAUGAGAAGCAGUACUCUGAGUGGAUGGCAGCCUGUAAGCUGGCAUCUAAAGGCCUAACCUUGUUGGACAGUUCUUAUCAGAAUGAAGUGAAAAACAUCCAGACCUUCUUGUCCAUGCAGCGCUCCAGUUCAUCUGCGUCAACAGCACAGGCUGACGACAGCAUUAACACCUUGAGCCUUGUUUCUCCCCGCUACACCAAGAAAUACAAGGCCAAACAGUUAACUCCACGGAUCCUGGAGGCUUAUCAGAAUGUGGCUCAGCUCUCCCUGACAGAAGCCAUGUUGAAGUUCCUCCAGAUCUGGCAGUCGCUGCCUGACUUUGGCAUUUCUUAUUUCAUGGUCAGAUUUAAGGGUAGCCGUAAAGACGAGGUCCUGGGCAUUGCAAACAAUCGCCUGAUCCGGAUCGACCUGGGAGUGGGAGACGUAGUGAAGACCUGGCGUUACAACAACAUGAGGCAGUGGAAUGUCAACUGGGAUAUACGGCAGGUGGCCAUUGAGUUUGAUGGCAACAUCAACAUAGCCUUCGGCUGUGUAGAUGCAGACUGUCAGGUUGUCCACGAGUACAUUGGUGGUUACAUCUUCAUGACGACGCGUGCCCGACAGACCAGUGACACACUGAAUGAGGAGCUUUUCCAUAAACUCACUGGGGGUCAUGAAGCUCUUUGAUUGAUCUGCAAUAAUGCAGAACCACAGAUCGUUUUGCAGUUACGGAGUAUCUGUGCAUUAGCCCCUUGCUUGUUUUCAAGUGCUCAUGCUUUGCUGAAAUCAAUUAUAUUAAAUGUAUGUGAAAAGCUGCUGCUUGAUGACGAGGUGAAAAACCUUCCUGAAGAGCUGCGGUGUGUAUUAUUUGAGAGUGGCUUGUUAAGGAUCUUUACUGAUUUCAGUUUCACUGCCACAUUUAUAACCACAUAGCGUUCUGUUUGAAUGGACCUGAAGAAAUAUCGAUUCAUUUGUCUUUAUACAUAUUUACUAACUGACAGGUAUGUGAUGCAUAAAGACAUACAAUAAAUUACUGUCCUUACUGGAGCAUACUGUACUUAAAU